AUGUUAUCUCUUUUAAGUUUUAAAGAUGAAAAAGAUACACAAUAAUAAAGAUAAUAUUACAGAAAUACUUGCUAUAGCAAUGGAUUUAUCUCUCCAAAAUAUAGUACUCACUCAAAAUAAUAGCUAAAUACCAAUCUUAAUCUAAUAAAUAGGCAGCAAUCGAAAAGCCUUUCUCAUAAUGAUAGAGAAAAGUAAAAUAAAUAAUAAUUUUUAAUAGACUUUAAUACUCAAAACCAAAUGAAAAAUAAGAAUCACUAAACCAAAAGAUAAAUCAAAAAAAAAAUGUAAACUCUUGACUUGAGAGCAGAUUCAACUUUAAUGAAUGGUGAAACAAUUGCUGCAACUUAAAGUAUUAAUGAAAAAUAAAAUAACGAAACUCAAAAUUAUAAAAAUCCAUCUUUACCUGUUAGUAGCAAAUCCAUAUUAGUCUUAUGUAGUCCUGUAAAUUCAGCUUAAAUGGAUAAAUCGAAAAGUGUGAGCUUUUAAUAAUACUUUUCUGAGUCCAUAUCUAAAAAAUAAACUCUAAGUAAAUAAGGUUAGAUACAUAAUGGUAGAAAAUUUAUCAAAAAUUUAGUUACUUUAUCGAAAUAAAAUCUGACAAAUAAAAGUGGUUAAAAUAUUGAAAACGGGGCAAGAAUCUACAAUUUGCAAAGAAUUUAGAGUUUAAUUUUAAAGAGAAAUAACUUUAUAAUGUAGCAUGAUGUCAAAGACUACAAGGAAAUGCUGGACAAAAAAUUUUAAAAAAUAAAAUAAUAGAGUGCAAUUAAUGAUUAGAGCCUUAACGACUCAUUUUAUCAAUUCAAUAAUAUUAAAAAUGGUUUUUAAAGGGCUUAGAGUGCCAAAAUAAGCAUAUAAAAGAGCUAAAAAAAAAUUGAAAAGUGUUAGGGUAAUGAUAAAUAAAUUAUUCAAGAAGCUAAUGAGCAUAAACAAUAAAUGAUAGAAGAGAGUAACUAAUCGUAACUUUAAAUCGAUAAAAAAUAGAAUUAAAAAUAAUCAUACGAUUAAGUAGUAGAAUAAACCAAUUUAGAUUUUAUUGAAGUGAAUUAUCCUUACAAAGACGACACAUAUAAAAUAUGGAGGUAAUCAAAAUCAACUAUUGACCAUAUAAAUCACUAUCAAUAAUCACCUUCAAAUCUAAAAAGUAUGAAUUCUAAUUCCUAAAAUAUUUACAAUAGAACUGCUUCAGCUAAAAGCAAGAGCAUUUCUUUUGUCUCUAACUAAAACAUUUCACAAGUAUUUUCUCCAUAGAAUUCUAAAAAAUUAAAUCUAAACCUAUCUUAGUUGAUAAAUGAAGCAAAGAAUUAAAUAAGUAAAGUAUAAUUAAAAAAUGAUAAUCUACUUGAUUAGCAAAAUGAUUUAACACUGUAGUUUAAGAGCCAAGAAAAUACCUUAAUAUCUACUUCAGCAGGCUCUCCUAACUUUAAUUAUAUAUAUGAUAACAAGGAUUAACAAAAUGAUUAAAUUGAUAAUAUCGAUGAACAUAUGAGAUUAUCAGGUUAAACUAAAUUUGAUAUGCCUAAAAAAUAAUAUUUAACACCUUAAUUAUCUCCUGAAUCUUCACCAAGACUAAAGAUAUCUUUUAAAAGCAACAUUAGACCACAAUCUAGUAGUAUUAAUAGUUUAGUUAACAGAAAAAGAAUUUCUUUUCAAGAAGAAUAUUUUAAAAGCUAGCCAUAAAAAAAUAUUUAAGAAGAAAUAACAAAAAUUUACUAAAAUAAAAUUAUUUUCAAUAAAAAACAACAAAGCUUCAAAAAUGAAAAAUUAUAAAAGGAUAUUAAUUAAUUUUUAUUUUAAAGCUCUUAAAUGUAAAACAAAUAAAACAAUAUAAAAAAGCUAAAUAAUGCAGAUCCAGUCUCAUUAAAUCAGUCCUUUUCAUCACAAAAUUAACCAGAGUUAAAAAAUGGUUGUAAAUCACCAUAAGAAUCAUCAAGACCUACAAGCAUAUUACUAAGAAGCACCUCAAAAAUUGAUAUAGAUAAUAAUAACUUCAUGCAAAGCAUUUAAGAAAAAGAAAAGUCAACAUAAAAAAACAAGAAGUAAUAAAACCCAAAAAAUAAAGUAGACCACGCAGAAGCAGUUAGAAUGAGUUUUUUAAAUUAGAUUUAAAUGAAAAAAAAUUUAAAAGAUUAACAAUAAUACAUUUAAUUUAAGUAAACAAAAAAUAAGUUAAACCAAAAAGAAAUAUUGUAUUUUGCACAGUAGAGAAAAAAAUAUUUUGAACCCCUAAAAUAAGAUUUAGAUAUAUUAAAAAUGAAUUAUGGGAAUGAUGAAGACAAAUUUUAUGAAGACUGGGGAAUUUUACUUUAAAAAACAAAUUAUCAAAUAUAUGACAGUAUGAAUAAUAUUAAUAAUGAUGAGGAGAAAAAUUAUACUAUUUAUCAGACAAAUAUUUGCAGAGAAGAGAAUGGAUUGUUUGCAAAAAUUUAAGAAAUUAAUAAUUUCUUGAAAAUAUGUAACAAAAAUCUAACUAGAAAAUUUGCUAGACACAUGGUAUUAAUUGAGAAAUAAAAUAAUGUUUAUAAUAAAGAAAGAGAGUAAAAUAGAUUAAAUCAGUUUACUGUUUGUGACAACAAAUUAAACAUAGAAGAAUUAGAUACCUUAAUUUAAUAAUUUUAACUUGACUCACUUUAAAAAAAUUAUAAUAAAAUUUUAACGAUUGUUUCAAAACUUUAAUUUUUUAAAAAGUUUUCUGUUGAAGUUAAUAAUUAAAUUAUUAAUAUCGCUAAGUUGAAAACGUUUGAGAAAAACGACAUCAUUUUUCAUCAAGGAGAUUUAGCAGACAAUAUGUAUAUAAUACUUAAAGGGAGUAUUCAUGUGAGAAUCAAAAGAUAAGAAGAUAUUGAUAUAUAAUUAAAGGAUCCUAUUAUUACUACCAUAUAUGAUGGAUAUUCGUUUGGAGACUUAGCUCUUAUAAAUCUAAAAAUAAAGUAAAGCAAAGACAUAAUUGAAACAAAUUAAAUAUUAACACUCCGAGAGAUGAGAGAUUAUAUAAAAAUGAAUCAAUAAAAUUAAGAUAAAAACACUUAAUAUGAAUUUAAUUAAAAGUAGCUCCAAACAAGCGCAUAAACUAAAUUUACUCCUCAUUAAAAAGAUAUUAUUAAAAAAUUUUAAAAUCUAGUUUAAAAAAGAAUGUAAAACAGUGCUGAAAAUAAAUAAAACCUGCUUAACGUUUUUUAAAAGGCUUCUAAAAUAGACAACAGAAGGAGUGCAACUAUCGAAGCUGCUGAAAAAUGCUACUUAUUACAAAUAUCAAGAGAAGAUUUUACUAAUAUUUUGCUAAAUUUAAUACUUUCCGAGAUGGAAGAAAAGCUUAAUUUACUCAAAAAUAUCCCUUUUCUAUCUGAUUUAGACUAUACUCAACUAAUAACGUUAGCAAAUUAUAUUGAAAUAAAAAAAACAAACCUGGGAGACAUUGUUGUAAGAGAAGGCUAAUAACCUUAGUAUUUCUACAUCAUUAAAAAAGGAAAAUUUGAGAUAGUAAAAGAAGAGAUUAUUAUAAGAAGUAAAGAGUCAUCAAAUGCUAAUUAAAAUAAAAAUAAUGAAAAAAGAUUAGACUUUAGUCAACAAAAUUGGAAUCAUAUUUAAAUAAUGAGGAAAUCUUAUGAACAUGAUUUUGCUGAAGUGAUUUAAGAUAAUUAUAUAAAUUAAAAAGAUGAGAUUCACUAAUAAUAGGAGGAUACUGAUAAUAAAAGCUUGAAUGAUAGCUUAGAAUUAGAUUUUUAUAAAGGUUUAGAGGGAGAAGCUUAAUAAGAAUUACCUAAAGAAAGAUCAACUUUUAAAAGAAAUAACCUUUUUUGUAAUGAAGAAUAAUAAUAAAAAUAUUAAGAAAUAUAAUAGGCAAUAAGAGAGCAAUAUAGCGAAAAAGAUAUUAGGCAAUACAAAAAAGUGUAUGAAAAUGGUGAAGAAUUAGCAUAUUGCUAUUUUCAUCAAAUAGGCACUCUCUAAGAAGGAGAUUUCUUCAUGUUGAGAUCUCUAAUUUCGGAAUAAUGUAAAGUUGAUUAGUAAAUCUUGGAGUAAAUAGAUUAUGAUCCGAAUGAAAAAUCGAGAUUAACUAUUAUUUCUGAAAGUAAUCACAAUGAAAUAGGAAUGAUUGAUAAAAAAUUUUUGCAUUUAAUAGCUCCUAAUUUAAAAAGGGUACUUAUAGAUGGUUUAAUUUCUAUGAAAGACUUUGAUCACUAAUUUAACAGAGAGACUAGAGAAUGGAUUGACAGAUGGGACAACAUGAAAGUUAAAAUAUAUAAAGAACAUAAAAAAUAUAAAUGA